CUCAACUACGAAAUAUGGCGGCUGACGACUGCUAGAGAAAAGUGUUGGGAUCUGAUCAAUUUCGUUAAAAAGCUGCCCUGGUCAGUACUACAGGGCCAUAGUUGCACACUGGGUGGACCACCUGCCUGUCAUUCCCAUUGCCUUGUAGAAUAACCACAUUACCCAGGAGCCAUCAUGGGCAGGACUUCAGUCAAAGAUCAGAAGGAGAAAGCAGGAAGUCUCCUUCCUCUAGGUCCCACCCCUGCUAAAGAGUCGUUCAGUUGGGAGGAGUACCUGAAGGAAACAUCAUCUACCCCGGCUCCACCUAGCUUCUUCAGACAGUCCAGAGUCCCUCCCUCCAGUGACUUCAAGGUGGGGAUGAAGCUGGAAGUCCAUGACCCUCGGAACUCCACCUCGGUGUGCAUCGCCACGGUGAUGGGCAUGACGGGUGUGCGUCUGCGUCUUCGUCUGGAUGGCAGUGACAACACCAAUGACUUCUGGAGGCUGGUCGACUCCUCAGACAUCCAGCCUAUAGGAACCUGUGAAAAGAAUGGGGACAUGCUGCAGCCGCCGCUGGGCUUCAGAAUGAACGCAUCUUCCUGGCCCAUGUUUCUGCUGAGAACCCUGAAUGGAGCAGAGAUGGCCCCGGCUACCGCUUUUAAAAAGGAGCCUCCACCGCUGUCCCAGAAUAACUUUAAGCCAGGGAUGAAGCUGGAAGCAGUAGAUAAGAAGAACCCCUACCUCAUCUGCCCUGCUACCAUCGGAGAGGUGAAGGGGGACGAAGUGUUUGUGAUGUUUGACGGGUGGAGGGGGGCGUUUGACUACUGGUGUCAACACCACUCCAGAGAUCUCUUCCCUGUUGGAUGGUGCUCUGUUACCGAACACAGCCUGCAGAGGCCUGGCAACAGUGUCAACCUGCCAAAGAACCUGCAUGUCCUAACAGCAGCCCACAUCCCCUCCAAGCCUAGCCGUCGAUCCAUGCCUGCUCCCUUCCGGCUUCCCACCCCCCUGCCCCCGCUGCCUGUCAGGAAGGGGGUGCGGGGGCGGCGCCCCAAGAGUGAGACCAUCGCCCUGCUGAAGGCUGUAGCGGAGGCAGCUGCAGCUCAGAACGGCACGGCUCCAACCUCUAACUCACAGCUGGCUCCCAGGCCUCACAAGAAGAGAGGCCCUAAACCUGGCAGCAAGAGGAAGCCCAAGAUGCUCCAGAACGCAGUGUCAUCAGGGGGUCAACAGGACUGCUUCAGCUCUGUGGUCUCUACAGUGUGUGUGUAUGUGAACAAGCAUGGGACCUGUGGGCCUCACCUGGACAGGAAGCAGAUGCAGCGUCUUCCGGACCACUUUGGGCCAGGUCCUGUUAACGCGGUGCUGCGACAGGCGGUUCAGACUUGUCUAGACUGUUGUUACCAACCAAAGGUGCUGCUCAGAACUCUACAGGCACACGCUGGGGGAGGAGAGGUUGUCAGUGUGAGGAUGGAUGGUGGAGUUCGUCUGGUGAAGCUGCCCUCAGCCUCCAGCGCCUCCUUCGUGCUCCGCUUCCUGGAGACGCUGUGUCGCACGCUGCAGAGUCAUUUCCUCUUCAGCUCCCAGCCCUUCAGCCACAUAUACACCUACAGUAAAUAUGUGAAGGAGGAGGCGUUGGAGGCCCCAUCACUGAGCCAGGGGAUUAAACGUCUAUCUAGAGACUCAUCCCCCUACGCAGCCCCCCAUUCCCCUAAACUACUGCGCACAGAGGCACACCUUUCAGAAGCAGAUACUCUGCCCCGUGAGGAGAACAGCCUUCUGAAGGAGCAGUGCUUCAUGGGUAACUCCAUGACGCCACGCCCUAAGACGCUGCGCAGCACUUCUGACUACCACACCCACUCCCAGGCCAGCAGCCCCUAUUACCCACGCCAUGGCCCCGGACGCGCCCACAGCACACCACUGCACCGCCUUGCCUCCAACCCUGCGGACCUCCCCUGUACACACACCAACAGAGGAGUGGAAGCCGCCAGCUCCACCACGGGCCCCGAGCCCACGGGCCCCGACAGACAGACCCCCAGGGGGGCGGGGUUGGGCAGGAACCCCUCUACCUGGUCCAUCGAUGAGGUCAUGCAGUUUGUGAGCGACGCCGACCCCUCAGCCCUGGCCCCGCACGCUGAGCUGUUCAGGAAACACGAGAUUGACGGCAAGGCCCUGAUGCUGCUGAGGAGUGACAUGGUGAUGAAGUACAUGGGUCUGAAACUGGGGCCCGCCUUGAAGCUGUGUCACCACAUAGAGCGCCUGAAACAGGGCAAAUUGUAGAGCUGAAACAGAAUGGAACAGGACAAACUGGAGAGGUGAAACUGGAGAGCUGAAACACAGAAUGGAACAGGGCAAACUGGAGAGCUGAAACACAGAAUGGAACAGGGCAAACUGGAGAGCUGAAACACAGAAUGGAACAGGGCAAACUGGAGAGCUGAAACACAGAAUGGAACAGGGCAAACUGGAGAGCUGAAACACAGAAUGGAACAGGGCAAACUGGAGAGCUGAAACACAGAAUGGAACAGGACAAACUGUAGAGGUGAAACACAGAAUGGAACAGGGUAAACUGGAGAGCUGAAACACAGAAUGGAACAGGGUAAACUGGAGAGCUGAAACACAGAAUGGAACAGGGCAAACUGUAGAGGUGAAACACAUAUACUGAAACAGGGAAAACUUUAGAGAUGAAACUGGAGAGCUGAAACACAGACAAACAGGGCUAACUGUAGGGCUGAAACUGUAGAACUGUAACAGACUGAAACAGGGCAAAUGGUAGAGCUGAACAGGUGAAAAUGUAGAGCUGAAACACAGACAAGAACAGGGGAAACGAUAGAGAUAAAACAGACUGAAACAGAGGAAACUGUCAAGCUGAACCAGGGGAAACUGUCGAGCUGAAACGGGGGAAACUGUCGAGCUGAAACGGGGGAAACUGUCGAGCUGAAACGGGGGAAACUGUCGAGCUGAAAAGGGGGAAACUGUAGAGCUGAAACGGGGGAAACUGUAGAGCUGAAACAGACUGAAACAGAGGAAACUGUCAAGCUGAAACAGGGGAAACUGUCAAGCUGAAACAGGGGAAACUGUCAAGCUGAAACAGGGGAAACUGUAGAGCUGAAACAGGGGAAACUGUCAAGCUGAAACAGGGGAAACUGUAGAGCUGAAACAGGGGAAACUGUAGAGCUGAAAGACACAGGUUGAAACAGGGAAAACUGUAGCAGGCUCCAGAUUAGACCAGACCCCAGGUGAAACACAGCUCACCCUACCACAGAAUGUCCCACAGCGUCCCUUACAGGUGACCCAAUAUUCAACCUCUAACAGUCUCUUCAGGGGCACACAGCCCCCUCCAACUCUAGCCCCCAGCCUGCCCUAAGCCCUCUUUAUCUCUGAGCUCUCUCACUCCGGUUAUGUUAUUUGUGGUAACAUGCCUCUACAGUGUGGAAACAUGGAAACACACGGUGUGGAUCAGUGAAAACAUGCGUUGUGCAUCGCUGACACUACAUUACCUCAUCUCCUCCCCAGCCAAUCAGAGCUGGGCAAGCCAAACAGAGAAGGCUGUGAUUGGUUGGAUCCCAAAGCAACAGACUCUCUCCAUGGUGUUUACAUUGAAUAGCACAGACUGACUAACCUACACUAGGACAUGCUAAGACUUUUUACUGAGUAAUGUUUGAUCCUGCUUCUGGAUCCCAAAGAUGUACAAUGUUUUCUUCUAUGACAUUAUGUUUUUAUUAUUAAUAUCCUGUUAAUAAGGAGGAUGUGUAUAUAAAUGUAACAGUGAUGAUAUUAGAAGCUAAACCUGUUUACAGCUGCAGAAUGUUGUCUAUUUCAAUUCCUGUUAGUUCAAUAAUGUGUCCAUGAUGCUGGAUGAUCUGCAGUUUAAGGUAGACCCUGUUGCCAUGACGGUCACUAGCCUCUCAUGGUAAAGGGUGAAAUGUGUUACUAGUGUGAGCAGGUGACUUUCCCCAAUGUAAGAUGGCCAUUGUCUUAAACAGCUAGACGUUAUAUCUAAUGCCUGUCAGACUGACAGACCGUCAACCUCCGACCAGUGGAGAUAUUCAGACAGGUCUUUUGAAACUCUAAUUCCCUGUGAGUGUGCCUUGCUGGAAUCCCUGUGACUGUGAUGUUUGAUGUGGGGAUUAAUGAAGGUCAUGCUGUUAAAGAGAUCGCCCCUACUGGUGGUGUCAAGCACAGAGGCUUUGUCCAGUUUUCAUCAAUACAGAACUGUCUAGAAAGAUUUAUUUACAUUUAUUUCCAGAAGUUAUUUCAGAUGACAGCUCAGUGAUUCCAGAAGUUAUUUCAGAUGACAGCUCAGUGAUUCUAGAAGUUAUUUCAGAUGACAGCGCAGUGAUUCUAGAAGUUAUUUCAGAUGACAGCGCAGUGAUUCUAGAAGUUAUUUCAGAUGACAGCGCAGUGAUUCUAGAAGUUAUUUCAGAUGACAGCUCAGUGAUUCUAGAAGUUAUUUCAAGAUGACAGCGCAGUGAUUCUAGAAGUUAUUUCAGAUGACAGCGCAGUGAUUCUAGAAGUUAUUUCAGAUGACAGCUCAGUGAUUCUAGAAGUUAUUUCAGAUGACAGCUCAGUGAUUCUAGAAGUUAUUUCAGAUGACAGCUCAGUGAUUCUAGAAGUUAUUUCAGAUGACAGCUCAGUGAUUCUAGAAGUUAUUUCAAGAUGACAGCGCAGUGAUUCUAGAAGUUAUUUCAGAUGACAGCUCAGUGAUUCUAGAAGUUAUUUCAGAUGACAGCUCAGUGAUUCUAGAAGUUAUUUCAGAUGACAGCUCAGUGAUUCUAGAAGUUAUUUCAGAUGACAGCUCAGUGAUUCUAGAAGUUAUUUCAGAUGACAGUUCGUUCUAGUUUCAAGAGUAAAGGGGACAUCAUAUUAAAGGGCUUUCUAUCUAGGUUUCAGUUUGAUAUUAAAGGUGCUACACACAGGAUAAAAAUAAAUAAAUUGUGUUGUAAUUUCAGAAUGUCCAUAAUAUAUCUGCAGAAAUAGUGGAAUGAUGGUGUGUUUCACAGUAUUGCUUACCGGCCAGUGUUGGGCUUGACUGUGAUAUUAGCCUCAAAAUGUAAAAGUUUUGACUUUGUGACUGUGUUAUCUAGUGGGAAUCGCCCUGCAAUUUAAAUUGUACAAUGAUUCCCUACACUAUUCAGUGCUUGUUUUCUCACAUAAACUGAAAUUGAGCAAACUUUAGCAACCAGGGAAUUACAAAAAAAUAAUUUCCACUAAAUAACACACAGUCUGAAUUUACAAUGCAAGAAUUCUACAAAAAAUCCUGUGUGUAGCGUCUUUUAAUAUUAGUACCAGUCCGAGUCGGAGAUAUCCUCACCUGUUAUUGGUCCCUUCAGGACUUCAUGGUGUCAGUUGGACCAUUUGUUAAAACAGAUUUAUGGGUUUAACCAUAAGUAUCAGACACAAGAAUGUACAUUUUUGUAGAAAAUACAUAUUUUAAUGAGAUUAUAUAUAAGUAGAAAUGUGAAGAUUAUGGGUGAGGGAGGGACAAUAUAUUUCAUACUGCCUUUUUAAUGCUUUAUAUAUCUGUUAGUUGAAACGCCCUCAACAUAAUACAACAGAACCUGCCUUGCUUUAAUUUGAGAUCUCAGGGGGUCUUAGUUAAUAGAAACUUUUGUAGCAUUCUGUUCUGGGUAUUCUAUACCAUUCUUCUGUGGUGAGUUGAAGUUAAGGACUCGUUGUGCCAUAAAGCAACACAAGAACAUAGUGUUCUUGUUAAAGUCUUUUAAAGCAGCUCAAUUUACUUGAAAAAGAUGCUGUAAGUCAUGCUUGUUUAAAAAGUCAUACCUGAAAUAAAAGUGUAUUUUCUGUUUAAUAGAUCUCCCAAA